CGUACCUCCGUGCCGCCUGUACUUUCCCGCAUCCCUGUCCUACACUGCACGCUCUUUCCCUUCUGUUUCUCUCUUGUCCUAGGCAGGUGGGUGACUUUCCUACAUGGGACUUGCCGUACAAGCGAUGGAUGGAUGGGGGAUGGAGGGGAGGAGGCAGGAGUUCCCCCAUGAGGUGAGGUAGGUACAAAAAACAAACCAGCCCUGCAAAAACUCUCUGACCUCUUUUUCUCUUUAUCCCACGCCUUCCUCCUGCUUGACUGCUACCCUGGCUCUCUACCAACCUCACCUUCCCUGCCUCGACCGUGCCUUCCGGGUCAGCACAGCAUCCAAAGUCCCCCUUCGACUCAGCACCGAACAGCUUUGUGGAGGAGUUUCCGAUAUUCGAACACCCAGCCAGAGGAAAAGAUAAAAGAGCUUCGUAUCCCGCCUCUUCGACAACACCACAAUCAUCAUCUCUGUCCCAUCUCCUUUUCUGUUUCUUUUCCCGGUCCGGUUCAAUUGUCUAAUACUUUUCUAUCUUACUGGACUCGAUUCAUUUCAACGAUAUAUUCUGCUCCGGAAGCAUCAAAGCCCUAGUUUCAUAUCCACAGACAAAAUGGUGUCAGUCAAGUCGAUACUUCUUGCCGCGAUGGCCACAGUAGUAUAUGGUGCCCCAUGCCAACCGACAUUUGUGCCAACUCUUCCUAAGACUGGAGGUGCCCGAGAACUCCCCUCACCACCACCGAGCUUCACCCUCAAGAAGAUUGCCGUCGGCCAUGGUAUCCAAAAUUACACAUGCGUUGACACCACCUCUGCCCCUAAGGCCGAUGGUGCCGUUGCUAUUCUCUACGACGUGACAAAGUACGCCCCAGGAACGCCAAAGACCGGCAUUGCCAAAGCACUCUGGGAUAGGAUCCCCUCUGCGCUUCUUCUCAAGCCUCUGACUCUCAACAAGCUCGCGGGAACCAAGUAUGGUGCUCAUGCCACAGCGCCAUUCCCCAAGGAGGAGGACCUGAAGCUGCUCGGUUUUCCCAUCGCUGAGUAUCUUGGCCAUCACUACUUCGACAUCAGCAGCACCCCGAUGUUCGACCUCAACCGGGUCGGGCUCAAGGCCAGUGUGACAAAGUUGGAUAAUGUGGAUGCCCCUGCCAACGCUGACAAGGGCCCUCUCAAGACUGGAGCCGUGGCCUGGCUCCAGCUUGGAGAUAGCGGGAAGGGCCUCUCGAGUGGGAUCACCCAGGUUUACCGUGUCAUCACAGCCGGUGGCGUGGGGCAAAAGUGCGAUGUUGCUGGUGUCGGUGUGCACAGCGUUCCUUACACCACCUUUUACUGGUUCUUCUAAGCUGUUUCUCGAUAAUUCCGUGUGUCAAAUGAAAUUGGAAAUCUUGGAAGGAUCUGAACCGCCCAAAUUUGGAUCUUGGUGGCGGGGGGAGAAGGAGCGUGGGUUAGACGGGAUGGAUGGAAGCCGAGUGAGCUUCCAUCCUUUGCCGUGUUUUCUCCCGGUUUGGGUGUGUUGGUUGGUUCUCUCCCCAACGACCAUACCUCAACCCGCGCCGCUCUCCCAAAAAUACCUAUCUAACCAGUCCUACCACACCACCAUACAUACACACUCACAAAACAACAUCACAAACACAAACUAUCAACGCCAUGACGAUACAUAUACCUCAUAGCAUCUCACAUACACCACUACCACCAACACCACCACCACACUUUGCAAGUUCUCAUUCACUCAUUUAAUACUUUGCAUAUUGCACAUUUUUCAACAAUAUUUCCGGGCGGUUGUUUUUUUCUUUCUCAUGGGUAUACCCUUUGCAAAAUGGAUGGUUUUGGUUCCUCUUUUUUCUUUAAUGAAGUAUUCGGUGGGCGGACAGGCGAUGACUGAAGGGGAGGAUGGUUAGGGUACUAUAUAUAGAGAUGGAAAAGACCUUGCUGUUCAAGGCAAAAAGGCAAGGUCAAAUAUUUAAUUCAGGCUCUUUGGGGAUUUUACUAC